CCAUAUGGAAAUGUUCUUUCUGCAUGCAAACGAACUGCCAUCGAACGUACGCGAUACAGAAAAGGAGACGUAUUUUGUAAAUCGCGCGAUAAAUAACGUUAUUUCGAGCAAUCCGAUCGCAAAAAGAAUUCGUCAUCUCGUUUAGCGAGCCCGUCCAUGCGCAUUCGCGAAAUUCCCACCAAUUUCCGUGGAAUAUUGGAAACGAAGAAUCUGUAAGCUCAAAUAGCAUGUAUACAAUAAACGUUCAUCCGUUGGAGAAAUCGAGAGUUUUUCGAUUUUCUAAAAUUCCAAUUGUGCCAACAGAAACAAAAGAAAUAUUGCUGUGCGAUGUAUUUACCGGAUCCAUCGAUCUUCCAGUAUCACGUGGAUCACUGUGUGCAGUUGGAACCGCAACAACAGCGUUGUCGUCGACUGGGAAAGAAGCACGGAAGCAAUGAUAGCAAUAGGUAUAAUUGUCCAAAGUGCGAGAGGACUUACCGGCACUUGCAUCACAUGUUGCGCCACUAUAAGUUCGAGUGUGGCAGCCCACCGAGGUUUCAGUGUCCCUAUUGCGAAAUGAGGAGCAAGCAGUCCAACAACGUUUAUAAACACAUACGCCUGAAGCAUCCAGGAUCGAAGCUCGAAGUCGUUGUACUUCAAUAUGACCAGCAAUAAACUUAUUUCUUCCUCUUUCUUUAACUAAGACAAUUUGCUAACAAUAAAGUGUUUGAUUGUGAUAAAGAAAUAA